CGAAGAAACGAGUAAACAGAAGAAGAAAAGAAGGUGUUAGCGGAUGAUCGUGCUGACGUCACGUUUCUACUUCGGAGUUGGAGCUGAGUAGUAAGCGUGGAGCCGCGCUUUGGAGGAGCAGCAGACACCGCAACAAUGGCCCCGAAGAGAGUAUUUCACUGCUGCUCGUUGACGACUCUGAAUCUCACAGCUGCUUAGUUGUGUCUCCCAGCGGCGAGAAGCAAACAGACGGACAUUUUGGAUAGUUCUGCGUUGUCUCCGGGGCUUUUACAACAUGUCUUCCGCGGCGGUUGCUGCCUCCAGAAGACAGUCCUGCUAUUUGUGCGAUUUACCCCGCAUGCCUUGGGCAAUCAUCUGGGAUUUUACCGAGGCCGUUUGCCGGGGAUGUGUCAAUUAUGAGGGCGCCGACCGAAUCGAGUUUGUUAUAGAGGCUACAAGACAGCUGAAACGGGUGCAUGGCUUCCCGGAGGGCCGCUCUACCGGCCCGGGGAAGUCCCACCACGCCUCGGACCCGGGCUCCCGUCCGCCGCAAACUCUAGACCGAUACCCGCUGUCUGAGAGGCCACCCCGUUUAGGUGUGGAGUACCCGGCGGGCAGGCAGACGAACGGCUUCCCCAUCCCAAACGGAUAUCCAAAAUCCGACGAUCCACCUGAGCUCUCCAACUCCCGCAGGACGAGCUCAGUUCCUCCUAGUCUGGUGCCUUUGGUUAACGGCGGCAUUUCCGCUGUUCACCCGCUUAACGGCCGUCCAGGUCAGAUGAGUCUGGUCGUUUCGGGUCCCGUGGAUCACGGGAAGCGCCACGAGGAGCUGAAGGACAAACAGAGGCCGGACAGCAUGUCGGACAUGUCGGAAAGCCACAAGGAGUGGGGAGGCAAAGGCAAAACGGUGAGGGACCUGAUGGCGCUUCAGGACGGACGGUUUGCCAUGCAGCGGAUCAUGGCGUAUGAGGCUGGCGCCACUUCUUCAAAAACAGACCGAGGGAAGCAAAGUCGGCCUGCAAAGAGAAAAGCCUCCCCAGAGCCAGAAGGUGAGGGCAGCGCCGCCAAGAUGAGCAACAGCGAGGGUCAGCCAUGGCCCUCAUCUUCUCUGCCAAGCUUUUCAGCUGCUGCAUCACCCCACCCUACUGAAGCUGCCACCUCACAGAGUGUCCGGUCACCGAUGGCGGCGCUCAUCCAUGCCACCGACAAUGCAGGAAGCGCCGGCUCGCUCAAAGACGCCGCGGCGGCUGCCCGGCUGAACAGCAGCAGCCCCGUGUCACCUUCUUCCUCUUCCCAGAGGAGACCACCUCAAAGGGAGGGGUCUGCUCCCCCUGGAUCCAGCGGCAUGGAUCCCCCGCCGCUACAGAGCCUCUCAGACUCCUCUGCGGCGCCUGGCGGCGCGCCGCUGUGCUGCACUCUGUGCCACGAGCGGCUGGAGGACACGCACUUCGUCCAGUGCCCAUCUGUUCCCGCCCAUAAGUUCUGCUUCCCCUGUUCGUGCGACAGCAUCAGGCAGCAGGGUGCCACUGGGGAGGUGUACUGUCCGAGCGGGGAGCGGUGCCCGCUGGUUGGCUCCAACGUGCCCUGGGCCUUCAUGCAGGGCGAGAUCACCACCAUCUUGGCUGCAGAUAUAAGGGUGAAAAAAGAGAGAGAUCCUUGAACUUACCCGACGUCCAGUGCAAGUCAGUUGACAAGUUGACCCAUUUAUCAACAUCUAAUGCGAGGAACCUGUUUUAGUUUGUUCUAUCCACCUUAUUCCUACGCCCCAUUAUUCUUUGCGCAAAUUAUGGGCGCGACUUCCGCCGCUAACUGGAAACGCCAUUUGUUUACAUGUUAGCAACUCGCUAUCCGGCUUUUAUGAGAGCUUUUAGGCUAUAAAAUAUGUGGGAACACCAGCUAUCAAAGCUUAAAUGUGAGAAUAUUGGUUUACCGCAACCUACAUCUAUUGCGGGGUGGGAUCAACUUGAAGCAAUAGCUUAUGUAGCUACUUCACUGACUCAGUUGCUUCAGAUGCAGAUGAAGGUUUUCUUCUGUUGGCUUUUUGUCCACACAAUGAAAUGAGCACACAUAAAGCAGUUUGGGCUCUCUUCAAGUUUAGCCAAAUUAUUUUUGUCUGCUUAUCUGUCUUUUGGCAAUGAAAACUACCACUUUUGUUUUGGGAGCACCUUCAAAACACACCUGCUGCAGCCACAAACUAAACCUGGUCUGAUUAUUAGAGAACAGCCACGAACAGCACAACAGUUUCCCGAGCUCCACUAGGGCAUCUUAUGGUGUGAAGUUGCUCUCUAUAUCAGGUUAAGGUGUGAUUCAGUUCGGUUCUAGUCCAGUGGGGAGAUUCUCCAUAUUACGGUCUGGAGCGCAUCAGCUGCGGUUAUUUCUCCAAUGAUUUUCAGCAACGGAGAACCUCAAGGUUCUGGUUGUGAUGGACUAAAUAAUCCCAGAUUUUUGAUUUUGUCUUAUAAAUAAAUUUUCCAGGCCCAAUCAUGAUAAAUCCUCAGAUCAUGAAUUUUAUUAUUUUUUAAAUUCAAACGAAAAAUAAAAUUCACAUCACACCAAGCUAAUGUUGUAUACUCCUGGUGUUUUAUACUGUCGGCACAAACCUGCAGCUCAGAUCUCUGACCAGCUUCUCUGCUUUUCUCUUUAUUACUGUCAGUUCUUCAGAGAAACGAGCUGCUAGCAGCUCUAACUCACGGUCAUUCCGUUACAAAACGUAACGAUCGUGCUCCUGUCGCUCCCCGUAAUGAAACUCACAAUUAUGAUCGUCUGUACUGAGCAGCUCUCUGGUAGCAGACUGUGUGUUCCUAAACAAGUUUUACAAAAUAUUGUAUUAUAACCAAAAAGGGAGCUGUAACUUCUAUCAUGAAUAUAGACUAGCAAAAUAAACUAGAAAUUUCAAUGAAAUACUGCUACUUCCACUAGCCGCCGGAAGUAACACCCAUAAUCGUUUCCUCGGUUAAUCCCUCAGGAAUAAGGUGGAUAGGGUUGGGUGAUAAAUCAAUUUUAUGCUGCAAUAUGUAACUUUUAUAAAAUAUAUAUAUUUUUACUUGUGUAUCAAAACUGUUAACAUGAGGCAGAUAAUCUGUGAAAAGAUUGAUUUACUCCACCUCCUCGUUGAGCUACUACUGCUGUCUGAAGAGAUGCACAAUUAACAGCCAAUCAGAGCCAGGAGCAGGGUCUUAGCGCUGUCAAUCAUUCUCAUGUAUGCCACUCAAUGUGCUAAUAGUGGAGAAACAACUUACCAUUACAGGAAAACCGUUUAUCGUUUUCUAACUCUUAGUAUUCACAACAGGAUCUGCUAGUUGCUAGCAGAGCAGAGAGCAAUCCUGUACUUGACAGCGCUAAGACCCGCCUCCUGGCUGUGAUUGGUUGUUUCUGUCUCAUACUAAACUGUCACCACAUCUUGGCAAUUUUAACAAAUGUUUCAACAGUGUAAAAAGAAAAUAAGCUUUUUAUAAAAGCUACAUUCUGCAGCUUUAAUUUUUGGAAAAUCUGGCUUUUUUAUUAUUUUUUUUUCCACCUAUCUGCUCCUUGGGUUUCUGUAGUUAAACCCAAGGAGCAGGUUUAACUGCGGUGCCUGACGACGCUGACGUCAGGCGCCGCUGAUAACGCCUGAGGCCGCCAUCUUGUUUGACAAGCAUGUUUUACAACUUCUUUUUAUUUGGACUUUAAAUUCAACUUAACUCUACUACAAAAUAUUCGGACAAUUUUUAAAAUUUCUUUUUUUAAAUUACCAGAAUAAAGUCGUAAUAUUACAAGAAAAAAAACACUGUUGUUUCCUGAAUUAAUUUGUAGUAUUAGCAAAACUCUUACACAAAAACUGAGAGAAAAUUAAAAUGAAGAAAUUUGACCAUCUUGCUACUGGUUUUACAAGUAAGGAAAUACUUAAUUUUUAAACGCAUCAGCAUCAAAUUAUGAGUAGAAUAUUUGUAAUUUUUUUUUUUUGUAAACAAAAGUGAUUCAAAUUGGAUUUUAUUCUCAAGCCAUAUCGCCCAGCCCUAAUUUUGUCAUAGUUUGUGUUUAUUUUUAUGCUUGAAUUAAUGAAUUGGUAUGUACUUUUCAUUCACUAUCACAUCUGUUCGUGUUUUUAUCAGACAGCGGCUCUUCGUACUAGAAAAUUACUAAUUUGAGCACUUGAUUAAAAAGUCAAUAAAAUAUGCUCCAAGCUGUAAAUGUAUGCACUUGUUUAAUGGGGAAUAAAAGCCAAAUACAAUUUCAGAUCUUUAAUACCACA